AUGGGCAUUCCUGCUAAUUCUACUGUCAUCGAAGCUUAUCCUGGAUAUGGUUUUUUGUCGAAGGCACUCUUGAAAAACACGGAAGCUAAUAAGAUCGUUGCUAUCGAAGGCGAACAAGAGUUUAUUAGUGGAUUUUUAAAGGAUGUGGAAAACGAGAAUAAAGACAAGUACCAACUUUUGGAAGCAAGUCCUCGCAGUUUAUAUACAGCUGACUAUUUCUUACCCAAAAACUAUACCGGGGUAGAAGUUUUUCCCUGGGAGCAAGAACAUCCGUCUUUAGUAUUCGUAGGCCAGCUUCCAAAGGACAGGUCAUUUCACAAUGCACAAUGGCUUAAUUGGAUGAGUUGUAUCGUGCGUAGGAAUUUCGUAUACGAAUUUGGUCGAGUACGGACGUUUCUGUUCUGUCGCAGUGACUUUGCUCAAGUUGAGCAUACUUUACUUAGUAUUACGCCCCAUGCUGAUAUUAAAUUGAAAGGGCCAAAUUGGGACGCAUUUGCUUACAUUAUUAGACAACUGUUCUUGGUUAAGACAGUCAUGCUAAGCAAAUCUAUAAAAUCCCUCGGUGCGGGAGCGGAUGUUUUGUUAAAAGGUGUUUCUUUUAAUCCUGACAUUCGCGUUGUGGAUAUGACGGCAGAGCAGUUCAUUGAAAUUGCAGAGAUUUUUGACGAAUGGCCACAUCGUCCUUCCGCUUUGCUUUUGACUGAUGUUGACAGUUUUGAAUGA